AUGAAGACCGACUUCAAGUUCUCGAACUUGCUGGGCACUGUUUACUGCCAGGGCAACCUGCUGUACAGUCCAGAUGGCACUCACCUCUUCUCGCCUGUCGGCAACAGGGUCACUGUGUUUAACUUGGUAGAGAACAAGUCAUACACCCUACCCUUCGCGCACCGCAAGAACAUUGCCCGAAUUGGACUUACACCCCGCGGCAACCUGCUCCUCUCCGUUGACGAAGAUGGCCAUGCAAUCCUGACCAAUGUGCCUCGUCGCAUAUCCAUAUACCACUUCUCGUUCCGAUCAUCCGUAACGGCGCUUUCAUUUUCGCCAUCGGGUCGACACUUUGCCGUGGGUCUUGGACGCAAGAUUGAGGUCUGGCAUGUGCCCUCGACACCUGAUACCUCCGAGGAUGGCGAGCUCGAGUUCGCUCCCUUUGUUCGACACCAUAGACACACCGGCCAUUUCGAUACUGUGACGCAUAUCGAGUGGUCGAGCGACUCUCGAUUCUUCCUCACAACGUCUAAGGAUCUUACGGCUCGGAUAUGGAGCUUGAACCCUGAGGAGGGCUUCACCCCCACGGUUCUCUCGGGUCACAAGCAGUCUGUGAUUGGCGCCUGGUUCUCCGAGAACCAAGAGACAAUUUACACCGUCAGCAAGGAUGGCGCCGUCUUUGACUGGCAAUAUGUGAAGCCCAUCAAUCGCAUCGCGGAGGACGAUAAGAUGGACGAGGACGACGAUUCCGAUAUGCAAUGGCGCAUCGUUCAGAAGCAUUUCUUCAUGCAGGGAAGCGCUCAUGUGCGAUGCGCUUCUUUCCAUGCGGAGACUAACCUUUUGGUUGCUGGAUUCUCGAAUGGUCUAUUUGGACUUUACGAGAUGCCCGACUUUAACAACAUCCACAAGCUGAGCAUCUCUCAGAACGACAUCGACUUUGUUACUAUCAACAAGAGCGGCGAGUGGCUGGCAUUUGGCGCGUCCAAGCUGGGUCAAUUGCUGGUGUGGGAAUGGCAAUCCGAGUCUUAUAUCCUUAAGCAACAAGGACACUUCGAUUCGAUGAAUUCACUUGUCUACUCGCCUGAUGGACAGCGCAUUAUCACCACCGCUGACGAUGGCAAGAUCAAGGUCUGGGAUAUUCAGUCCGGCUUCUGUAUUGUCACAUUUACAGAGCACACCAGCGGUGUGACGGCAUGCGAGUUUGCGAAAAAGGGCAACGUGCUCUUCACAUCAAGUCUGGACGGUUCUAUUCGAGCGUGGGAUCUUAUUCGUUACCGAAACUUCCGAACGUUUACGGCACCUACGAGGCUGUCUUUCUCGUGUAUGGCGGUUGAUCCUAGCGGUGAAGUCGUUGCUGCCGGCUCCCUUGACUCGUUCGACAUUCACAUCUGGUCUGUCCAGACGGGCCAAUUACUCGACCAGCUCUCAGGCCAUGAAGGCCCCGUCUCAUCUCUGGCGUUUGCACCCAACGGCUCGUCCCUUGUCAGUGGCUCUUGGGACCGAACAGCCCGCAUCUGGUCCAUCUUCAACCGGACGCAAACCAGCGAGCCUCUGCAGCUCCAGGCCGAUGUGCUCGACAUGGCUAUCCGACCGGAUUCCUUGCAACUCGCCAUCUCAACACUAGACGGCCAAUUGUCGUUCUGGUCAAUGACGGAUGCUGAGCAAGUUUCUGGUCUGGACGGACGAAGAGAUGUGUCUGGUGGGCGUAAGCUCACGGACCGACGAACUGCGGCCAACAUGGCUGGCACCAAGAGCUUCAACACAAUCCGUUAUAGCACCGACGGCAGCUGCCUCCUGGCCGGUGGUAACAGCAAGUACAUUUGCUUGUACUCGGUGACCACCAUGGUGCUGCUCAAGAAGUUUACCGUCAGCGUCAACUUGUCCUUAUCGGGCACGCAAGAGUUCCUCAACAGCAAGCUGAUGACGGAAGCCGGUCCUGCUGGUGAUUUGGAUGAGGAGGAAGCUUCUGACCGUGAAGACCGCGUCGACAGCUCUCUGCCAGGCUCAAAACGCGGAGGCGACCCCUCAGCGAGGAAGAAGAUGCCCGAGGUCCGCGUCACGGGCAUCGGCUUCUCUCCAACGGGCACGGCUUUCUGCGCGGCUUCGACUGAGGGUCUGCUCAUCUACAGCCUGGACCAGGAUCUCCAGUUCGACCCCUUUGACCUGAACAUGGAGAUCACACCCGCCUCGACCCUUGCCGUGCUCGAGACGGAGAAGGACUACCUCAAGGCACUGGUCAUGGCCUUCCGCCUCAACGAAGCUGGCCUCAUCAAGCGUGUCUUCCAAGCCACCCCGGCCACAGAAGUCUCCCUCGUCGUAGCCGACCUCCCCACCAUCUACGUGUCACGCCUACUGCGCUUCGUGGCCGCCCAGACAGAGGAGUCGCCGCACAUUGAGUUCUGCCUUGUGUGGAUCAAGGCCAUCGUCGACAAGCACGGCGCCUGGCUCUCUGCGAACCGCGCAAAGGCUGAUGUUGAGCUGCGUGUCGUCGCGAGGGCUGUUUCCAAGAUGAGGGAUGAGAUCAGGAGGCUUGCAGAUGAGAACGUCUACAUGGUUGAUUAUCUUCUAGGCCAAGCCCAGGAGAAGAAGACGGUCAAGACGCUGGGUGCUCCAGAUGUAGAGGUGAAGCUCAUGGCUGUUGAUGGGGGUGAGGAGUCUGAUGAGGGAUCUGACGAAUGGGUUGGUUUAGAAUAG